AUGAUGGCUCCGCGGACUGCCGACUCCAUUUGUGUUGUUCAGUUGAUUCACACACACACACGCGGGGCUAUUAACCUCGUCACAUUCCAAAGUCAAGAUGCCCGGGUCCUUAGGGUCCGUGCCGAAAAACUAGAAGAAUGGUGGAGAAAUGAUACCAAGGGCGCUGCGCGCCACGACAUCGAUGGGCGGAAACUGGCCGAGAAGGAGGGUGGCCCCUCCGCCAUCGAUAACCUCUUCCAGCAGACUUGCCAGGAGAUGGAGGCCGCUGAGGCCAAGACCACUGAGGAUGGCAGCUCCGAAAUGGAGCAGCAGUAA